UGCUCGGAGGUGUCGUCACUGGAUUCACGCCGUCUGUACUGGGGAGCCCCGAGAUCAUCGGACGGGUGGACGAUUCAACCAUCAACCGCGACUCGUGCGGCUCCGUCCGGGUCAACAACCGGGCGCUGUGGGUAUGCCGUGACUCACAGCCUUUUGACAGCUCCGGCAACCCAACGCUGCCCGUCUGGGCCAGCUCGGCCGCCUGGACCGACUUUGGUGCCAACGGGAAGCCCAAGCUACAACAGGUGACGAGUCCUGUCGAGAGCGGCACCGCGCUUCUCACCUAUGGCCGCAACACCCGCACCCCCUUUUACCCCAUUCCUUCAGAUAAGUGCGGCGAGAAUAGUGCGGGCAUGUGCCCUGAUGGCAGCCGCUUCGCCAUCUGGCCCGACGCACCGCCUUUGGUCACGUCGACACGCGCAGAUGGCACUAUCGUCGCGUACACUUGGAUCAAGCAGGCACACAUUACCUCCAGCCUCGGCACCCUCGUCAGAGACCCGCCCACCAGCCUGUACCGCCUCGAGUACUCACCAUCUACGGAUGUCAAUGCCCUGCCGAAAGUCACCCUCGUCAAACAGCAGUUCUGGGCUGCCUCGGACUUCCCCUACGGCACCUACGGGGGUAUCGUACGUGAUGGCGUGGCCUACAUAUACGGCCAAAAUGCGGACGGCAACGUUGGCGUUGCCCAGGUGCCGGUCGACAAAAUCGAGGAUCAGUCCGCCUACCGCUAUUUCAUCAUGAUGGGCUGGGCUACAGUGAACCCCGGCCUCAACGCGGGUGGCCUCAACAUUCCCAACGUAAGCGCCGGCGGCCAGGGCACAUUCUACUAUUCCGAGGUCUGGAAGCUCUUCGUCUGGAUUGGCCAGGCCAAGAACUCAGUCGUGCCCGAGUUCUGGAUCUCAACCUCUCCAACGCCUGGUGGGCCUUGGGAGGUGCCCAAGAUGUUCUAUCGUGCGCCCAGUGGCAACGGGUUCAUCGGUGGAUACACUCUCCAAGCACAUCCGGCUCUACUGGCCAGUCAGAGCGAAAACGCAAUCUACCUGACAUAUACGAAACCAAUGGUCAACAACAAGGGCAACGGGUAUUACUCGAACCCGCUAAUCUAUGUGAGGUGGCAAUAGUGGAACGGGCUCGUCUUACUGGUGCGAGGCGUACCUACGCGUGGUGUUUGACGGCCAAGAUCAUUUCGUAACUCAUAUCGCGACAAGAAAAACAAACCAAUGCACAGCAAUGACUGUUAACGA